GAUACGUCGUGUUGAUAAUAUUCCUCUGUUGUUGACCCGAUGACGAUCUCCCGUGGGCAGCAGCGCGUCAGACUCAGACCGCUUCGGGCUCCCGUGACAGAUCCCGUGACCAUCUCAAACGACUUCCCCUCAGCUUCAACCCCUCCUCACGACAAGCACGUCUACGCUCAUCACCGACCUGUUUAGUUAGACCAACGGGUGUUCAAACGAUCUGAAUCUCAACCAAGACUCUUCGGGUUUCAUUCACCGGCCAAAGCCACCGCGUUUCUCCUUCUACGGCGGAUUCCGGAUCCUCAGAGCAUCACGAGCCAGAAGCCUCAGCACGGAUUUCACCUCCUAGGGCCUGACAGCUGCUAGAAAGCACCCUUGCAGAAGAGGCAUUAUAUUGUUAUUGAGAGAAAGACAUCAGUAUGGCUUCCUUCGUCGAGGAUCUGUGGAACAGCGUCUUCACUCCGGGGCCCACCCCAACGCUGCUUGUCGCAACCAACGUCACCUUUGCAGCCCUGCAGUCGGUGCUCUUCAUCCUCCUCCUGGCGACCUACAGCAUACAUUUCAUCGUCUUGUCAUUCCUCUCGGGAGCUUUGUGGUGGUCGAUCAACUGGUUUGCGCGGGAGGUGCGCGAGGCCCAGGCCGCGCAGGCGAGCAUGGAGAACCAGGCAGAGAACGUACGAGGGGCCAUAGACAGCGCAGAUAGCGAGACAGAAACUGAGACCGCCCAACCGCCACCGGAUAUCAAGGCCCCUGCUGCCUCAACGAGCCUGCUGACGCCUUCCGGAUCAGCGACCGUCCGCCAGAGGCCCAGCGCCGGUGGUGACAGCUCGGAACACGGGGGCACGGACAGCGAAUGGGAAAAGGUCGAGGACAAACCAUGAUAAGCUCUGUCACGACCAGCUACCCCGACCUCUACACUCGCGUCCUCUCUUUCUAUGACAAGGAGACCCAACUGGGGAAGAGCGCAUGUUGCCAUAUACUAUGAUCUGUGAUGACGCUUGCCACGAUACCCGAUAGAUCCUUCAAAUACCCAGGCAGAAUGUAAAUAGUCGUUGCGCGAAGGGCAUCAUAUUCACAUCAUUCGUAGGUUUAGAUAGUAUUUUCAAAGCACUGUGUACGGAGUAUUGCUGCCGUCUGCCAUUAUUUGGCAUAGUCCUCAAUCCUCAAAUGACAGCAUCACGUGACUAUAUCUUAUCGUCGAUUUCCCCGUUCCAAGAAGU